UCAUGGCCUAAAGAUUUAAUAAUUGCAAUAUGGUUCAAUUUUCUUUCAUUGCACACGUUCUGGCAGUACCGCCGUGAGAACCCCAGCUCCAAAGUGGGUGACCCACCUCCUGAUGGUCAACCAGGCUUCAACAGUGGAGUGAUGCUCUUGGAUCUGGAGGCAAUGAGGCACUCAGAGCUCUAUAACUCCCUACUGGAGCCCAAGCUGCUAAGCCAUUUGGCAGACAAGUAUCACUUUCAUGGCCACUUGGGGGAUCAGGACUUCUUCACCAUGGUGGGCAUGGAGUACCCAUCCCUCUUUCAUGUGCUUGAUUGCUCCUGGAACAGGCAGCUGUGCACCUGGUGGCGGGAUCAUGGCUAUGCAGACGUCUUUCACCUCUACUUCAGCUGUGAGAAGCUGAUCAAGAUUUACCAUGGCAACUGCAAUACUGUCAUCCCUGAAGACUGAAGGGGACCUUGGGGCUAGUGGUGUGGAGGUGUGUCAUCUGGACCUUCAAGCAGAGAGUGGCUGGGGCUAUCCUGCCCCUACCACUUAUUACCAAGAUUGCCCUCUGCUUCAUUUUGAAUGUAUCAGAGUGGGAUGGUAGCUCCCAGUUACAGGGUUGUACCUGUUUACAGCCUUGAGGGUCUGGAUGUUCCUUUCUAUUCCAGGACUCCUCAGGUGCUGUGUUGUGUGAAAGGCACACAUUUUGUUCUGACCUUUUCUUCAUAAAUGUUAUCAUUUUGCUCAAACGUUUUGUUCUGAGUAAGAAUUCCCUCAUAGUGGCUAUUGUGUAUGUGACUGUUACCUUAAAUGUCUUUGAAUGCCACAUGGGGGGCUGUGUUAUACUUUGACUGAAAGAGAAUGGGUGCUCCGGCCUGGGUCAACAUGAAGAACAGAUUGUUGCAUUAGCAGCUACCUUUUAGGGUGAUCAUGUUGAGCCCAAACGUGAAAGCCCCUGUUGUUUUUAAGUGGUUGGCCUGCCUUCAUCAUGUCACCUUCCUUGAAUGUAAAGCAUGAAUGAGGAGUGUCAGGGUUGUCCCCUCAUCCAGAGCCUUUUUAUUGUUUUUGCCACCUAUAGCUCCUUACACUGAUUCUGCUCAUCUUCUCUUUGCACAUUCCAUAAAUAAGUGGAAUAAGCAAUCCAUCCUCAUCAUGGAACGGGCUGACCCCCACUUACCCCCCCUAACCUUGAAAUAUGUGUUCAGGUUCUGUGCCCGUUGUGUUUUUUUUUUUUGUUUUUUUUUCCCAUGCCUGAAUUUAAUUAAAGCUAACAAAAACUUUACAUAAAAAUACUAUGUCUUCCUUUUUUGUCACCCCAAAAUAUAUCACAGCUAAGCAGUAAUGGAUGUGAAUGUAAGUGACAACCUGUCUCAGUUUUGAGCAUAUUCUCAAUGUUUGUGUUGCACCCGGCUGAUGUCAGUUUAUAGUUGUCCUCUAGUGGGCUCUGACAGCUGGGUUUUGGGUGAGUGACAAGUGCCUGUCAGGCCUGCAAAGACUUGGAAAUCAGCAGAAUGAAUGAUUGCCUUUUUGUUACUUCAGAUUGACUGUUUCUUUUGUCUUUUCAGGACUAUGCACUGAUUUGUAAAAUUGUAAUAAAAAAAUGAAACCAAGAACAAGCCAAGACCAUGUGGCAUACUUAUUGUUUGCAUGUCCUUCUACAGUUAAAGUGUUUGGUCUUUUUGGCAGGCGUGUCAUGUUCAUUGUUGAGCACUUGGCUUCUCACAUUGAUCCUUUUGUAGGACUUGCACUUACUCAGUUAUGUAGGGAGCUAGCACUGCACUUGUCCCCAUUCUUCAUCUUUUCUGUGUCUCUCCCUCCAAAGAAAGUUCUGAAUUCACCCCACUCUCUUUGUUUGACACUGAACUUAAAUCCAAAAGGCCUUCCCAGCUUCACUCUUGAGCCAGGCUAUGCCAUUCCUUUGCUUCAGCAUAGAGGAGCCUCCGCAUCUUGCUUAAAAUUCCAUGAUUAAUAAUCUGAAUCUUUUUUUUUCCCCCCAGUUGUUCAUGUAAUUGUGUUUUCAAUCUAAACUCUAAUAGUAGGCAAUGGGUAAUGGUCAACUGUGUGAACAGAACACUAGAUACCUUUGCUGCUCAAAGCAUCAUCCUGUUAACUUGUGUGAAAAAACAAUGCCCUUCUAGAUUUAGUAAGCUGUAGUAGCACAUUUAACUUCAGUUCUUCUGACCAAAUGUGUCAUGUAGGCCAUCUUGUCAAAUUCUCUCCAUUGUGGUCUGCAUCAUUUUCAUUUCCUAGCAAGAAUGGCUUGUUUUAGGUUUUGACAGAACAUUUCUGAGAGCUUGAACCGGGACUUUGACAUUUUAAAAGUUCUGUAUAGUUUUCAGUCAUUUGGUUGUUCAUUUGUUGGCUGGUGUGUUUUGUAUAUGGUAGUCUCAUAGUAUGAGCCACGAGUGCUACAGAUUCAGCUGACAGUCCCCUUUGUUCAUAAGGGUACUGCCAUAUGUCUUUCGUCUAUCUCUCCAGAUCACAGCCCUGGUUUACAACAGCUUUUGUAAUUAAGAGUUCGAUUUCUAUCACACCUGAUACACAGACCGACCAUUUUGGAAUUUUCUGUUAUUGCACGUGAGGACACUGGGGAGCCCUAACACGGUAAGAAAAGUUCCCACCAUGGUCACGGUUGCACAG